GAUCGUUCUCGCGCAUGCGCGUAAGAGUUGACAGUGCCAUGUUGAUCUUGUGAACUCAGAUCAUCUUCUAUUAGGACUAUUCUGCUUUACCUAUAACCUUUUGAGACGUUCAUCAUCAAUCUGGGUUAAGGAAAAUCAGGAAACCAUGGCAAGCUUCUCUUACAUCAUCUCCAAUCUCUUGGAGAAGAUGACGUCCAGUGAUAAGGAUUUUCGGUUUAUGGCAACUAAUGAUCUGAUGACUGAGCUUCAGAAAGACUCCAUCAAGCUUGAUGAUGACAGUGAGAAAAAGGUGGUGAGGAUGCUCUUGAAGUUGUUGGAAGAUAAGAAUGGAGAAGUCCAGAACUUGGCCGUCAAAUGCUUGGGUCCAUUAGUGUCAAAGGUCAAGGAGUACCAAGUGGAGACGAUUGUGGAUACACUGUGUAACAAUAUGCUCUCAGAUAAAGAACAACUGAGAGAUAUCUCCAGCAUUGGUCUGAAGACAGUCAUCAAUGAACUGCCACCUGCUUCCAGCCCUUUGGCAGCUAACAUAUGUAAGAGCAUCACUGGCAGGCUAACCAAUGCCAUUGCCAUGCAAGAGGAUGUGUCAGUCAAAUUGGAAGCCCUAGACAUCUUGGGUGAUCUUCUCAGCAGAUUUGGAGGUCUGUUAGUGAGUUUCCAUCCAUCAAUCCAAUCCUCCCUUCUUCCUCAGCUUGCUAGUCCAAGGAUGGCUGUCAGAAAACGAACUAUCAUUGCUAUUGGUCACCUGGUCAUGAGUAGCAGUGUCAAACUUUUCUCUGAUUUGAUGGACUACCUGCUCAGUGAACUGAGUGCUAACAAGAGCUCUUCUACUACAAGGACAUAUGUACAGUGCAUCGGAGCAAUCAGCCGUCAAGCUGGUCAUCGUGUUGGGGAACAUUUGGAGAGGAUCAUUCCCCUGAUCGUCAAGUUUUGCAAGGUUGAUGAGGAUGAUGAACUCAGAGAAUAUUGUAUCCAGGCUUUUGAAUCUUUUGUUAGACGGUGUCCCAAAGAAGUGUCAUCUCAUGUUUCAACUAUUGUAGACCUUUGUCUCCAGUACAUCUGUUAUGAUCCAAACUACAAUUAUGAAGACGAUGAUGAGGAGGAAGAUGCUAUGGAUACUGAAGGAGAAGAAGAUGGUGAGAGUGAUGAUGAGUACAGUGAUGAUGAUGACAUGAGCUGGAAAGUAAGGAGGGCAUCGGCGAAGUGUUUGGAUGCUGUGAUUGGAUCUAGACACGAGAUGUUGACAGAGUUCUACAGCACAGUGUCACCUGCACUUGUCGCAAGAUUCAAAGAGCGUGAGGAGAAUGUGAAGGCUGAUAUCUUCCAUGCAUACAUCACCCUGCUUCGUCAAACUAAACCAAUCAACACAGGCUGUUUUGAUCCUGAUGCUAUGGAGGAAGAAGAAGGACCGAUAGCCAUCUUGAGACUACAGGUGCCUAACAUAGUGAAAGCCCUUUACAAACAGAUGAAGGAAAAGAGUAUCAAGACAAGACAAGGCUGCCUCAAUCUCUUGACAGAGCUCAUCAACGUCUCGCCUGGCGCCCUCACAGCUCAUAUCCCAUCACUUGUACCAGGGAUUGAGUUCUCUCUUGUUGAUAAGAACAGUAGUUCCAACAUGAAGAUUGAUGCCUUGGCUUUCCUCAACUGUCUUCUGCUCAACCACAGUCCAGAAGCUUUCCAUGAUCACAUAUCUCUCAUCGUUCCACCUGUGGUCGCAGCAGCUGGUGAUCCGUUCUAUAAAAUCACAUCAGAGGCUCUCAUGGUUACUCAGACUCUAGUGAAGGUCAUUAGACCACUAGAGAAAGACAAUGGUUUCGAUUUCACUCCGUUUGUGCUUGACCUGUACGGUUGCACACUGACUCGUCUCAAGGCAGCAGACAUUGACCAAGAGGUCAAGGAAAGGGCAAUCUCAUGCAUGGGGCAGAUCAUCUGUAAUCUUGGUGACCAUCUGAAGUCUGAGCUGUCAACUUGCUUGCCGAUAUUCUUAGAUCGUCUGCGGAAUGAGAUUACCAGGUUGACCACAGUCAAAGCGCUUACUCUUAUAGCUAGCUCACCCCUCGAAGUUGAUCUUUCUCCCAUAUUGGGUCAAGGUGUUCCUAUCUUGGCAUCCUUCCUGCGAAAAAAUCACAGAGCUCUCAAAUUGGCAACCCUCUCGUCUCUCAACAUACUCAUCAGAAAUUAUGGUCCCUCUCUGACCAGUACAAUGAUGGAUGGCAUCAUGACAGAGCUCCCUCCACUCAUCAAUGAGAGUGACCUUCACAUCUCACAGUUGACCCUUAACCUCUUGACCUCUCUAUGUGAGAUCCACCCGUCUAGUAUGUCAAAGAUCUAUGAUCACAUCCUCGUUGAGAUUCUUGUUCUGGUCAGAUCUCCGCUUCUUCAAGGUGGUGCCCUGAAUGCCAUGUUAGAUUUCUUCAAGGCUCUAGUCUUGACCAAGACCGCUAAGAUGGGAUUCCAAGAUCUCCUAGGACUACUGACUGCUCCUGUCUACAGCCCCACGGAGGCUACUCAACCAUCUAGCACACCCUACGCUGUUCACAAACAGGCUUUCCAUUCAAUUGCAAAGUGUGUUGCCGUUUUAACGAUUUCCUGUGCAAACCAAGGAUCAGCUGUUGUUGUUCAGUUUGUAAAUGAUAUAAAGAAUUCUGAAUCAACGGAUUCUAUCAGAUUGUUUGCUUUACUGGCCCUUGGAGAGAUUGGAAAACAUGUAGAUUUGAGUGGUCAGGCUGAGCUUCAGAAGGUCAUUGUAGAAUCUUUCUCAUCGCCUUGUGAAGAGGUCAAAUCGGCUGCUUCUUAUGCCCUUGGUAAUGUUAGUGUAGGCAACCUUCCCAAGUACCUUCCAUUUGUUCUACACGAAAUAGAGACGCAGCAGAAAAGACAGUACCUCCUACUACACUCUCUUAAAGAGAUCAUCUCAUGUCAAAGUAGUUCACAGGCUGGUGUUGAUGGUCUGAAACCAUUUGUUGAAACAAUCUGGUCAAUGUUAUUCCAUCAUUGUGAAUGCCCGGAGGAAGGAACAAGAAAUGUAGUUUCAGAGUGUUUGGGAAAGCUUACCCUCAUAAAUCCUGAGCAGCUGCUACCAAUGUUAAAGAAAAAUUUGAAGUCUGAUUCUGCCUACACAAGGAAUACGGUAAUCACAGCGGUCAAGUUCACAAUCUCAGAUCAGCCUCAAGCCAUAGACCCGUUGCUGAAGGCAUGCAUUGCAGAGUUCUUACAGACCAUGCAGGAUCCCGAUCUUAACGUGAGGCGGGUAUCUCUGGUUACCUUCAAUUCAGCAGCACACAACAAACCAACCCUUAUCAGAGAUCUACUAGAAACAAUCCUACCACAUCUCUACAAUGAAACAAAAGUCAAGAAAGAGCUGAUCCGAGAGGUAGAGAUGGGUCCCUUCAAACACACGGUAGAUGACGGCUUAGAUACGAGAAAGGCUGCAUUUGAAUGUAUGUAUACAUUACUAGAAUCAUGUCUGGACAGACUGGAUAUCUUUGAGUUUCUUAAUCACUUAGAAGAUGGGCUCAAGGAUCACUAUGAUGUCAAGAUGUUGACGUACUUGAUGCUGGUCAGAUUGUCAACGCUCAGCCCACAUGCAAUCUUACAGAGGCUAGACAGACUAAUCGAACCACUGAGAACGACAUGUACCACCAAGGUUAAAGCUAACUCUGUCAAGCAGGAGUUUGAGAAACAAGAUGAGUUGAAACGAUCAGCCAUGAGGGUUGUAGCUGCUUUACAGGCUGUUCCAGAUAGUGACAAGAACAUGCUUCUGACCGAGUUCCUGAUGCAGAUCCGCUCCAGUCCUGAGAUGGCUACCAUGUUUGACAGCAUCCAGAAAGACUCAACUCUCAGUAGCAGUGAUUCACUCAUGGAUACCAGUUAGAUGUCAUUUAUAUUUCACUUCUAUCAAUUUGUAGAAUCUAUUGAUCCAGGAUUUCUUAUUCAAAGAAAUGAAGAUACUCCACUUUAUUGUUUGCCUUAAAUCAUUUUGGAUACCACGCAUGGGUGUUAUUUUUAUUAUUAUUUCAUCGGCUGGACAUUACUAGAAACUGCUAUCCUAUUCAAUGUUGUGAGCAGCCUCUUUUUGCUAUUUUUCAUAUGUCACCAUCCUUGAGACUUCAUUGUUAAAAAACCUCACACAAAAACUACACAAUAAAGCCUAGUGCUACACAUUUUUAUUAUAAGGAUAUAUGAUAUUCUUGAUAAUUAAAAAAGGAAUUAUAUGCACUAGCAUUUUCUGUAGUGGUACAUUAGAGUCCACAAAUCAAAUAGAAUUAAUUUCAUUUGAUUUUAGAAAACUAGGUCAGACUUGUGUUCUCAAAUUUAUCUAGAGAUAUGUAUGAUUUUGACUGAUGAGUCUUAAUUUGAAUGCAAACUGAUAGAAGACUUCAUGUUUCAUGGGAAAAAUGAUAUAUUUUCUAUUUUAUUGUGAGUUAUUUGUUUCUUGUUUGUAUUCUUAUAAUUCUUUUUUUUCCCCCCGCUUGACCUCAUUCUUCUCUGAAUCAUGCAACCACUUUUACUAGACAUGUAAGGUUAAGAAUCUCUCCAUGUUUUCUGUAUUCUGGUAAUCUGGGCCCUGUCUUACAAAGAGUUGCGAUUGAUCUGAUCAACCUCAACUAUGGAAAGCCAGCAAAGUCAACAUAUAAAAUGCAUGUUUUGUUCAAAAAGUUUUCUACAUAUGAAUGUAUAUCCAUUAAUUCCUUGAUUUCUUGACAAUUUGGUGUGUUCUCCUUUGUUUACAAGGGACAAUUUGCAAAUUACCUGUAGAAAAAAUUAUGACACUGAUGGAUUUCCAUAGAGUUACAAUUGAUUGGAUCAAUCGUAACUCUUUGUAAGACGGGGCCCUGGAAUUAUCCCUGAAUAAUAUUUAUUUUUCCAGUUUGUUACACAACACUCACAUCUUCUGAAUAUAUUUCUGUAUGAUAAUAGGGAGGAAAGUUUGAGUGUAGGACCCACACCUUUGGUAACCCCAGUUAGACACUUUUGAAGGAUGCACGCAUCAUGGUAUUAUGGUGUUUAUACAAUUCCUAAAACACAAAGAUUAAAAUUCAUGCAUCAUGUGUCGGUGCUGACAGCUUUCAUGAAAUGGUCUGUAGAAGAUAGAAAUGACAAUUAAAAUGGCUAGAAACAAAGCAUUAUUAUUAUUUUUUUUUUUUGGGGGGGGGGUAAGUCAUGCUUGGACUUGUUUCUUUGUGCUUGUUGAUCAGCUGCUAUGUGUUAUAGACACACUAUUUCAAUCUUAUGUUGUAUAAAUGUUCAACCUGUUGGCAACUGGCUGGUUAUACUAGAAGAAUACAACAAUUUCCACAGUCCACGUACGUGCAGACUCUGUCUCUGUGUCGUUAUAAGCUACUUAAAAUCCAUCCAUUUGAUUGGUUGAGAGCAACUAUGUCAGUAGAAAUCACAGGCAAAGAUGAUUCAUGCAACAUGCUCCCCAAACUCUUUGAUUUUGAUGUCAUUAUAUUGACUUUUCUUGCAGCCAGCUAGGCCCUGUAACAUAACAUCAAUGUUUGUGAGUGAUUAUAACUCUUUGUACUAGGUAUACCAUAGAUUUACAGUUUCACUGAAUAAGUACGAUUGAUCUUAACUCUUAUGUUACAGGGUUCAUUUAUAUCUUUACAUUAUAUGUAUGAUUGGUUCAUACCAAUGUAUAUGCUUUAUUUGUCUUUGGUUUUUGUUUUUGUUAUGAACAUGCCUUCUUGCGUGUACAUGUGGAAAGGAAUCAUGUACCGUACUUUAUUGUGUAUUGUUUUUAUAUGUAGUGUGAUAACUUCAAGUAUUGUAAAUGUACAUUGGUAUUUAAAGCAAAAAUUGGUAUCGUAUCCGUGUGUUAAGAAACACAUGGGGAAAGGAAAAAAUGUCAGAUUUUCACCAUUCAUAUUUCAUUGGUGAAGUAGUCCUUGAUGAAUGUAUCCUUUUCAGUAGUUGUGUGGGGGGGGGGGGUUAAGAUAAAAAGGAUGUAUGCACUAGCCCUUUAUAAAUCUAUAUGCUUUCAAGGGUUGAGCAUUGGUGGACAGUAACUGUUUGUCAUUAUAAGGCAUUUUGGUUUUGAAAGGCUGGCCAAUCGUUAAGUAAGCUUUCUAAGUGUCCAAUCAGUUUGUAGAGAGUGAUGUACAGUAUUGAAUCGAUACAUGGGAAAGAAGUAUUUGUUUAAAAAAAAUUGACACUGAAUGUUGAUAUCUUUGAUAAGGAAUUUCUGCAUGCACAUACUUGGAGCAAAAUUUAUAUUAUUAAGGAUUUAUGCAUAUUAUGUUGCUUAUCGUGUAUUUUUAGAGUUUUGAUACAGAACAGCAUAUCUCCCUGCAAAGCUUGCAAUGAUUUGCAAUAUAGGGAGAUCGUGAGAGUAAUUGCAGAAAAAUGCAAGACCCAAAUAUUUCUUUAAGUGUUCAUCCUUGAAAAUGAAAUAAAUAUGACAUUAAGCCAUGUUCUUUCUGCAGUAUAAGUAAUCAUCAUUUCUGAAAGCUGGAAAGUUUGAUGGCCUUAUAUUUGUUGGUCCCCCCAGUAGCCCCUUGUAUAGGAAAUCAUGUCUUGGCUUCUGCCAAUUUGAGAUGUUUAAAAAUGAAUAGCCUUCUUAACAUUGCAUGUGGCAUGUAAUGAUUGCUGUUCUCUUUGUAAAAGCUUGUAAUAUAGUUAAAAGGACUGGUGGGAAUAAGCUUUGGAGCAACUAUUUUUAAAUUUGGUUUGUUUUCCAUCAUUAUUUAGGAUUGGUGAAUUAUAUUCUUUAAUGAACCACUCUGAAUAUACUGGAUAUUAAUAAAGAAGGAAAUCUAUAUCGAAAUCAAAAUUUCUUAGUAGAGCAACCUCCCUCCCCUUUUUAACGUGGAAAUUUUAUUAGCUGAAACUACAGUAGACUGCUUACAUGUAAGUUUAGCUCUCUAUAAGUCGAAUAGAGGCCCAGUUCUAAGCAUUUUUGUCUCGCCUGCAUAGCACAGGGAGGCUAUAGGCGCCGCUUUUCUUAUGGCGGCAGCGGCGUCAACUUUGAAAUCUUAUCUGAAGGUUAAGUUUUUGAAAUGUCAUCAUCUCUUAGAAAGUAUAUGGACCUAGUCCAUUAAACUUGGACAUAAGGGUAAUCAAGUAUUACUGAACAUCAUGCCUGACUUUCAGGUCACAUGACCAAGGUCAUUAAGGGUCAAUGAACAUGUUUGGGGAAUCAACAUCAAAAUCUUAACCUAAGGUUAAGUUUUUGAAAUGUCAUAACUUUGAAAGUAUAUGGACCUAGUUCAUGAAACUUGGACACAAGGUUAAUCGAUGACACAACAUUUGCUCUGGCUUUGAUAUCUCAGAAGGCAUAUGGUAAGAGUUAGGAUUGUAGUUGAGUUUUUAUCUCAGAAUAAUGUAAAGACAAGGAUUAGGGUUUAUUAAGUUUCAGAGGUUAGGUUUUAUGUUUGGCUUAACAUACAGAUUUUCCAUCGGAGCAAUUGUCAAUUAAUCAAGUAUUACUGAACAUACUGUGCGAAUUUCAGGUCACAUAGCCAAGGUCAAAGGUCAUUUAAGGUUAAUGAACUUUGGCCAUGCUGGGGGUAUUUGUUGAAUUACCAUAAUAACUUUGAAAGUUGAUGGAUCUAGUUCAUAAAAACUUAGACAUAAGAGGAAUCAAGUACAUGUAUCACUGAACAUCCUGUGUAAUUUUCCGUUUACAUGACCAAUGUCAAAGAUCAUUUUAGGUCAAUGAACUUGGGGGUAAUUGUUGAAUUGCCAUCAUAACUUUGAAAGUUUAUGGAUAUAGUUUAUGAAAUGUGGAAAUGGGGGUAAUCAAUUAUCACUGACAAGUCUUGGGUCACAUGAUCAACUUCAAAUGUCAUUUAGGGUCAAUGAACGUAGUGUGAUAUUACAUGUUUUUUGUGAAUAAUUAUUUUUAUAGUAGUUUUCAAAGUCGGCACUACUGCUACAUUGAAUCACAUAAUUCAGGCGAGAGUGCCAGAUACACUCCACUUGUUUUUUCACACCAGAAUAUGCAGACAUGUAUUAUUUACAUCUUUUACGUCGAAGUUUGCCAAAGUCAAACAGAUUUCUGCCGUAUUGAAAUUUGACUGAGGGAAAUGCACCUAAAGCCAUAGACCAAAAGCUUCAGUCUCUGUACAUCGGUUGUUCCGCUGAACUUUGUUGGCUACGCUCGUCGAUACAUAUAUAUAUAUAUGUCAGAUGUUGUUAAAUAAAUCCCCAGAAACGGUUAUUCCUGUCUACUACCGUAGAGCCAACACUUUGCUUCUAGGCUAGGCCCAUGAAUUAUGAACUAUCAUUGUUUUGAAAAUAUGUAAAAUUGCAGUUGGUUUGCUGUAAUGCUGAAGACACAUAAUGAACAUUGAUGACAAGACUCGAGAACAUGUGUGUGAGAUGGAUGGGAGGGGGGGUGUGCACAACCUUUUUUUUAAAUGAACAUUUCAGCUCAAUUGAAAAUCCUUAUCAUUUCAUCAUGUCUUUUGAAUGCCAAUACUGGGGGCUUAUGGUUACUUUUUAUCAAAUCUGGGUUUCCUUAUUUUUAAAAUGUCCACUUUAUAUCUUAUGCAGGCUAGUCUGUCUACGUUGAAUGUUAGGAUCCAUGGAGAUCUAUUUGAUAUUUAGGUCAAGUUUGACAUGUAUAAUGCAUGACUUUCAAUGUUCGGGGGACCGUUUCAUCAACAUUUUUGUCCGACAAGUUGUCAGAUCUGACAUCUUUCCUUGAUUCUGAUUGGCUGAGAGGCACUGUUACUAUAGUAACUGUCGGAUAAAAUGGGACAAGUCCUUUCAUGAAACGCUCCCCUGGACUUACACUUGGCCUACUGUUCCACCUAAGCAAAUCUAACUGUAUCUUAUUUAUAAGUUUAUAAGCUUUAGUACACUUAAAGGCAAAAGACAGUAGUUGCAGCAAACAUUUUUUUCAUGAAAAAGUCUUUGAAAUCAAGGUUAAUUUUCAAAAUAUUAUCAUACAUCUAGAUCUGGUACAUUACUGUAAACUUACCUUUGUAAAAUCAUGAAAUCUUAGCUCAAAAUCGAUAAUUCUGAUGAUCCCUUACACAGAAAAGCGUGUGUGGGACAUUGCAUUAAUAUUGCUUUGAAAAAUACCCAACAUUCAAUGGAAUUCCGUGCUUAUUUUGCUCAUUUCUCAGCAAUUAACGCAUUUUCUUCCAGAGCCAUUUGGCAACUAUUUAUUAUUUAUACAUACAAACACUUAGGUGGUAAUUUCAUUGGAUUCUGUUCAAACUAAUUUUGAGAUCAUUUUCACAAUUAAUGAUGAAAGCGUUUUAAUAAUGAAUGUUAUCGUUAUUAACAAAUGCUGAUCCCCAGAUUGAUGAUAGAAUUUGUAGGUAUGGUAAUGGAGAAUUGGCACUGCAUUAAAAACAUAAUCUCCUGUUAUUUUGAUGAAAAUUUAUCCUCUUUUAAGCUGUGCCAGACUACCUCUGGUAUUUAUUGAAUUUCCAAUGAGACUUACCAACUAUGUUUUACAUCUGAUAGUCACUGGUCAGUCUUUUAAUACCACCUUCGAUAAAUUCAUUAUUAAUGCACCGGCAUAUACAAUUUACUAGAUUUAAGUAUGAUUAUCUUUUUUUUAAACUGAAUUUUGGUGCAUAUAUUUCUUUACUACGUAACAUGUCGAAUUGGAAUGUGAUGAGGAUACAGCAGUUUGUUGCUUGAUGAAGUGAUUUUGUGGAUCACUUUAAAAUGGAUAUGUUAAUAAAUUUGGUUGCCAUUACA